CUGUGACUCUGCUCACUGCUGAUGCUGAUCUCGCAUACUGAUGCUGCGUGCAUCCCGAUAGCUAGCAAGGAAUCAGUCGUCGAAGGAGUGUCGAGAGCUCUGUAGGAAAGGACCAGCGAUAGCUGGAGUGGCAAAAAAGUGUAUGCACUUUUCGUUUCAUCUCUUGUUGAUUCUGUAUUGUUAUACUUUUAGGCUAAACACAACUGAAUGUUUGAUUUCUUAUCUCUUCAUUCCGGUUGUCUUUUCGUGUUAAACUGAUCCGAAAGUCGUGAUAGUUGUGUGAAAUAAUUUGGGUGAAAAUCGAAAACCUGCAUGUCGUGUUUUGACGGGAACCGCCAUCGUGUAAAGAAAAUGAGAAAAAAUAUUUGUUGAAAACAUUGUCGAACAAAAAUUAACGCGUUCACAACUUCGGAAACUGGUUUUGGUUUGCCAGUGAAGUGCAAGAAUGAAUCUUGGCCGUCGCAACCUUCAAAAUAGUGUUCGCUGAAAAAUAAUUUCGGAAGUUUGACCUAGCGCCAACCCGAGAAAAAGUGCAUGAAAUUGAAAAAUCGAUAAAAUUUUAUUGCACCUAAAACACACAGCAUAUACACAGCAGUCAGUGUUCGCCUUUGUUGUUGUUUUUAUUUUCUGCCCGUGGAAAAAGAAUACUGUCAAGAAGCGAAUAGACGUGGAACAAAUUGUAUGUAUCUGGUCAAUAAAUUGCCGGUUUCGGAUGAUUUAGUUUACAUUGUCUUAUUUCGUUGUUUGCUUUACGCCAUGUGUUAAGCUUUCGAAUGUUUGUUUUCUUUGCCGGAGUACCAGAGACAAUAAAAUCAUUAAUAUUGCUUUACGGUUGAUAACAGAUAGGUAGAGUAGGAAGUUAACAUAGCAGCAAAGUAAAAGAAAAGUUGCAUCGGAUAAAGUUUUAGCGGAAAAAUUAACCGCAAGAAGACACACCGAGUGCCGGCCAACAUAUUUAAACAAGUCAACUUAGAACAACCAACUAUGCUCAAGUAUCUAACGCACAAACUUCGCACACAAUCAAUCAACGAUGAGAACCCAGUCAAUGAAAAGAUUGACGGUCACGAUUCGGGCACGGAGUCCGACGGAGACUUGGAUCAGGAGGAUGAUUUGAUUCAGGAACACGACAUGGAGCUGAGUUUAAGCUCCCGUCAUGACACAGCGUCCCCUACGGAUACGGCGUGCUCAUCGGAGUCACCGGUGUUCCUGGGACCGGCCUCACAUCUGCUGCUGUACGAUCAGAACAGUUCCGAAGAGGAACUGGAAGUGAUUAACGGUGGAGUCCUGGAGGUGGGCAGCGAAACCGACGGUAAUGCUGGGGGAGAUGGUGGUGGUGGAGGUGGAACCGAUUGUGCUAGCGGUAUCAGCGUUGGCAGCAGUGAAAGUGUUAAUCAAUUUGGUGGCAUUUUGAUGAUCGCCAGCCGGCAACGGUUAACUGAGACCGACGUUAGUGACGAAAUCGACGACGGCACAGAUGAACUGUAUUCAGAAACAUCGCCGACACUUGGUUUGCUACGGCCUUUGGCCAUCACCCCAACCCAGUUGGCAGCUUCCAAACGAUGUAGUUCAAACAAUCUACUCGAGAAGCGUAAACGUUCACUAGCGCACAGCUCGGAUGAUGAGGUUCGCCAUUUGUUAGAACAUCAGAAUCAACAGCACCACCAUCAGCAAACGUUGAUGUCGGCCCCGGUGAACUUUCGCACAUCACCACCUCUAGAAGCUUUAAAACCACACCGUGGCCAUAUAAUCCAGCGUUCGACCACCCCUCUCAUCCUCACGGAAAGUGGGCGCGGCCUAGAGCACAUUAGAAUAUCAUCCUCAUCGUCGAUCUCGUCGACGACGUCUUCGCUCUCGUCCCUGGGAGGUGGUGGAGCUGCUGGUGGUGGGCCAACAUCCAUCUACGGAGGCGUCGGCGGUUUGCCCACCUGUGAUAGCCCCUCGUCAGUCAACUAUAGCACUCAUCAUCAGCAACAACAUCAUCAUCAGCAUCAGCAUCAUCAUCAGCAACAACAACAUCAACAUCAUCAUCAUCAACAACAACAGCAGAAUAGUAACAAUCCAGCACUGUUAAGUACAACAAAUAAUUCCACUGCCACCGGAACGGGAGCAGUUGGGAUGCCAUUCGGAGGCCAAGACUCGGCCGGAUCAAUGGGCACCGUAGCAACCAAUAUGGAAAUCAGCCGAUCGGUUAGUCCUCCUGCGAAAGUGUUUCACUGUGCGGUGUCUCCCCGUCGGAGACAACCACGGCAUCAGCAGCAAAGGCUACAGCGGCCUCACAGGCCCUGUUUAGAUUUCGAUAAAAUGCAACAACUCAAAGCACGAUCUGUGACCACGUGGAGACAUAGCAACGAGCACUCGGGCGAACUGUCCGUCUUCUGCUGGUGAUGAUGAGCUACCGGCGAACGGUGGUCUGACCGCAACGACGACGAAGACAACGUUUGUCCACGAUUGAUGGCGUGUUCAACACGUACAUGUAGUACUGCUGUGUUGAUCAUCAUCAUCAUCAUCAUCAUCAUCCUACUAUCUUCCGUUACAGUGCAGCAUGAAAAACAUAACGUACCCCAGUUUAGGUUUGAAAUAUUCACAAUAAUACAUAGCAGCAGGUACUAAAACAGUAUACAUAUGAUAUUCGCAAUGAGGAUGAAUGAUGUUGAAAAGUAUAGAACGUCAAAGCAAAUUGUAUGUUCUCAUCAUCAGCACAUAGGAUGCUAUCCAGUGCAUUGUGCAUUUGUUUUAUACAUAUAAGAUACUAACGUCGAAUGUCGCCCAGGAAUAUCUCCCUUGGACGGUUCGCGUUAGCGAAGACUACUAAAACGAAUGGAUGAGAUCACGAUCAAGUUGGUUGCAAUUUUGAGAAUGUAAGCAAAUUUUGUUAUUGGUGUGUAGGAAUUUACAAAUGUUUUAUCAAUUACUUCAUUAUUACCUAUUAUAAUACAUACCUUUCAAAGCGAUUUUGUGAUUUUAAUAUUUAGUAGCGUUUUUUAAGUUUAACUUUUGCAUCUUACUAGUAAACAGCAAUUUACAAUUAAAUGGAGAAAAAACAACUUUGACAGCUGGCGAAGGACAGCCAGCGUAGGAUGUUGCAAUCGAAUUGUGGAUAUUACUAUUAGUAGAUGUUUCCGAAUCGUCAGAAGAAUGAAAGACGUUGAGAGCAGAAUAUAAUUGCCAUUUGUAAAGGACAACUUAUACCAGAUAAUCUAUUGUGAUUGUGAGGCUUCGUGUUGUUUGCGAUCGAGGGUAAUGCAAGAUCUGGCUAUCAGUAGCGAGUGUUUUAGAUUAGAAGUCGCUCAUUCUCAGGGAUUUAUGACGCGAAAUAGAUGGGACAAAAAUUUGGAUCGGUUCGAAGCUAUUCUACGGUUCAAAUACCAAUAGUUUGAUAACGUAACCAGUUCGUGUAAGUUGCGUAACACUGAUUGAGUGCAGUUGCUCCCACAUUUUCCAGUUUUGUAACCGUGCGUAAGAUUAUGGUACUCGAAGGAAAAGACUUUGUGGCAGUCCUUACAAUGGUGGUGGAAACCCUUCUAGUUUUGAACCAUUUGUGAUCUCCGAUGAAUCGUCUAAGUACAAAAAAACUACGCAAUAAAUAGAGAAGCGUAGCAAAUAAGCAUUGACUGUCCCAGAAAGUAAAAGCACUAAUAAAUUUUUCUGCAGAUCAUCUUCAUUAUAUCUUAUUUCAGUUGAUGAUUUAACGUCUAUAAUAAAUGUGCCAAAAUUUCCCCCAGACGCAAAUUUAGUUUUAUAUUUCUCAAAAGUCCAGCUAGUUCUUCUAAAGAUAGACCGAUAUUUGGCAAUCAUAGCUUCAUAUUGAGCAAAGGACAUACCUGCAUUAAUGGCGUUAGAUCAUCAAUGUUUAUUCACACUAGCGGUGUAAUACUAAUGGUUUAUUUACAUGAAUGGAUUUUAUAAAUGAUAUGAUCGAUGAUACAUAUUUUCGAAAAUAUAAUUUCAUCAAAGCUAUGAAUUGUUUGAUGGAUACACUUUAACGUCCCUUCAUGCUUAUGUUGUUUAUAAACAACAACGUUUAAAAAAAACAACUAUAAUUUUAAAUUUAGGUAAGAUUUCAGCAUAAAAAUAAGUAAGGCUAAUAAAUAUGACUAUUACCUUUCAUUUAAGCCCUAACAGGGUCUCAAUUCUAGAACUUAAGUUAUUGCUAUUAGUCUGAUUGCAUUCCGAUGGAGCAGGGCUGCCAGAAACAGUUUACGUUGACGCCGAAAAGUGAAAUUUUCAUACAUCUUCAUACAAGUGAAAUUUUCUCACCUCUGACAUCAGCUUGACCUUCCAAACCAUAAAACGGAUGGCGCCUUGAAAAUAUUCAAAUAAACCUGAGAUGGGACUUGCGAAGGCGGUCUUCUUUUUCCCUGCGAUUUUAUUUUUUCAAAAUAUUCGUUUAGUGAGUUGGUUUCUUAUGUGACCAAUUUCGGGUUCGAGACGGGUUUCUCAAAUUUUUAUUUUUUGAGUUUGGGUCGGGCUGUCCAAUUUUAACGUGUUCAUGUUCGGGUUAGGUUCGGAUAUUCCAAAAACUUUAUCCUCGGUCUCGGGUUUCAGGUUUUCAAUUUCAAAAUUUUCGGCUUCCGGUUGGGUUCGGUUUUGUAGUUUUUAUAAUCUCGGGUUCGGGUCGAGUAGGUUUUUCCGUUUUCUUGUCCUCGGGUUCGGGCUCGAAAAAACUGAAACCCGAUCGUCUACCGAUUGCUGCAAGAUCUGAGUCAUAAAAUCGCCGAAGGCAUGACAGCCACUUCAGAUGGCUAUUCGAUCUUCCGGGUGAAGCAUCGUCAAUUCCCGUUCGCUGACGUGCUUGCCACUGGACUCCGAAGAAUAGAAGGCCGACCAAUUGCUGCUGGGCUCGUUCCGUUGUAUUAUUGUCUCACGCCGUGAACAGUACGAGCCUCGUACUGUUGAUUUGAAAGUUGGAUGGCGUUAGUCCAUCGACGAAUUAAUUUGUCGGAUAUGCCCCAUCGUUUCUUAGUGGAUUUCCUUAAACUCAGACUAAGGUAGAAAAGCCCUUUAUCAUCUCAUUAGUCAGGAUGUCGCACUAUUUCGUUGAUAACUCGGCCAACUGUCACAUGAUUGCGCUUAAGAGGAGGUUCUCAUUCAAAAUUUUCAAAAAUUUGUUUUUCUUUCGUUGCAUUUUUUGAAAGGUAUAAAUGUCUACUCUAUUGUGUUAACCUUCUUUAGGCGUUAACUUCUUGUAACGAAUUGUUAGCGGGUCAUUUUGACCCCGAUUUCGAACUCAGUUUUAAGUCACAUUUGCAGUCAAAUCUAUAUGAAUUACCCAAAUUGUGUGUUAGAGUUUUAAUUUUCAGUUUCUGGUAAAUAUUACCGUUUUUGACCAGGUUGGCCGGUAGAAAUCGGUGCCGAAUGGGGUCAUGUUUGACGUACCGUACAUACACAAAAAAAAAAUCGAUCAUAAAUUCAUGAACAAAAGGUCACGAUUUCGUGAACUGAGCGAUUUACGAAAACCGUGCCCAAGUUCCUGAAAUUAUGAAUAAUAAUCCACGUAUUCAUGAAACUAUUUGUGAUUUCUAAAAACCAGUUCGUCCCGAAUAUAUAUAAGGCGUUACAUUAGAAUGUUUGGUAGGGUUACUGUUGUUGUUCCCGGGACAUGUUUAGUUUUUGUUGUGAUUCUUGUUUAUGAUUUGGGAAUACACAGUCGACAGUCAAACGUUGUUCAUGAUUUCAAGAGCUUGUUCGCGAUUCUUGUGAAUUCCAAUGAUGUUAGCGGGAUUAAAGCUCAAGAUGUCAAGAAUUUAGUCGCGAUGCUCGUAAUUUCUAUUCACGUUAUAUUUAAGUCAUGAGUAGAGUGAUUCAUAUUCAUUUAUGAUCUUUGUCACGAUAUUAACUAUUUGUGUGAUUUGUGUUCAAGAUUUCAGGAUAUUAGUCACGAUUUUUGUUACUUCUGUUCAUGUUAUAGUGAUAUUUUAGUAAUGAAUAGAGCAAUUCAUGUUCAUGAGUUCAGCAUCUUAGUCACGAUUUUAGAUAUUUUUGUCACAAGUUGUGUGAUUUGUGUUCAUGAUUUCAGGAUGUUAGUCGCGGUUUUCGUAAUUUUUGUUCAUGUUAUUAUGAUAUUUUAUUUGAAAGCUUACUUUCAAAGAGUAAUGUAAUUAAUGUUGAUGAUAUCAGCAGUUUUAUCAUGGUAUUCGUAAAUUCUUUUCACCUUAUCGUGAUUUAUUAUUUUUGGUUACUUGGAACUCGGAAUAACGUGACAAUAUGAACUGGAUCAUUAAAAUAACAUUCAUUCGCGAUAUCUGGUUCAGUGAACUAUAUCACGCACACUAUUGGGGGUUCUCAGUUCAGUUUUCGUUUUCCGUUCGGACAUCACAAUGAACCUUAUCAAAUGAAUAACGAUGUUCGAGGUCCUAAUAGUUUUUUUUAUAUCUUCUGCUUUUACCUAUUACUAGUCGCUAGUAGCUGGAUAUUUCAUGAAAAAGUGCAUGGAAUAAAAAUGAUUCCACGAACAAUACUCCUAAUUUUGUGAAAGAGUUCACGUAAAAAUCGCAUUACCAUGUUGCAUGAAAUUGUAAAUAAUUAGGGAUAUCUUCUAAAUAUCACAAGCACGCCAAUAGAUACUAGAUAGAUCCUAAAUCAUGUACCAGGAAUCAUGAACCAGUUGUAUAUGUGAAUAAUAUUUCAUGAUUUCGUGAAUUUUUUCACAAAAACGAAUUAUAAGUUGUGACUGUUAUACUAAGUAUCAUGAACCAGUUCACGAAUACAUUAAUAAUAUUUCAUGAUUCCGUGAACUAUUUCACGAGCACGGAUAUUGGAUCGCAACUAAUGUAUUAGGAAUCAUGAAUCAGAUCACAAAUAUAUGAAUAAUAUUUGAUUAUAUUGUGAACCAUUUCACGAGAACAGAUAUUGGAUCGUGACUAAUAUAUUAGGGAUCAUGAAUUAGUUCACGAGGGUUGAAUGGAAUUAUGAAUAAAAUUCCGAAUUUCGUGAAAUAGUUCACGAAAAAAUAGCGAGAAUAUUUUGAUUUUGCGAACUAAUGUUCCUAUAUCUUUGAAAAAAAUCAUGUAUCAAUCUUUGGUUUUAUGAAUAAUGUUCAUAAAGUUAUGAACUAGUUCGCGUACUGAGAAUCGAAUUAGAAAUAACUUGGUGGAAACCGUGACUGAAGUUUACAAAACAAAAACAAAUAUUUCCACUAAUGAAAGUGUUAUACGGGCGUUACUGAAGGGAAAUUGAACAUAAUUAUAAAUGUCAUGAUUUUUUUUCAUGGUCCUGUAUUCGUAACGUAAAAACGUGAUUGUUCCAGAAAUCAUGUCAUUUUAUUCACGAUUUUGGGAACAUUUUUUUUUCUUGUAGAUGUUUAGAGAACAAUUAUCAUAAAUCACAGGUUUAAUGACAAAAUACUAAUAAUAAACUCAAACAAAACAAAAACAAAAAUAAUAAUGUAUGUACCAAAUUUGUCGUCUAAAAUAAUAUUAACACUGUGACUCAACUGUUGACCCUGGAAAUCAUCCGAAGGAUCCGGAACAUCCGUAUAAUAGGUCAAAUCAUUAAUCUAGUUCCAGAGCUCUGAAGUUUUUUCGAAAAUAUGUAUUGCAUUGGAAUAAAUUCGUAGUUAUGACUGGAGAAUUGGUCACAAAAUGACUUUUCGGAAGAUCUAGAGCACCCACGCAUCUGAUCAGGUAAUGAACUGGCCAGUUCCACUAAUGUUCCAGAUCUUCCGGAAGGCAAUUAUGUAGCCAAAAAAACAUGUGUAUGUCAUAAGUACGAACUCGUUCAAAUGAGAAUUCUAGAAACACUAAAAACCCAUAGUUCUAAGACCAGCUGUAUGAAUUGAUCAAUUCAGCGAAUGUUCCAGAUUUUCCGGAUGGUCUUUAUGUGAUCAAUACGGUCAACUCGAAACUAGAAAUUUAUGCCAAUGCAACGUGAAUGAAUGUUUUCGAAAAAUGCAGUAUUGUAGAAGUAGAUUCGUGAAUUAGACAGUUCUACGGAUGUUUCGGAUUUUCCGCUUGAUUUUAACGUAGAAUCCAACAUUUGAAUCAAAGUAUCAAUAUCAUUUUAGAUGGUAUUUUACAUGAUCUUUCAAGAAUAUGACAAAACUUUGGGAUCUGUUUCAUUGAUUGACCACUAGAGUGACAGGAAAAAUGACCCCUAUCGGCCCACCUCUGAGUCGAUUUCUAGUCCCAAGUCUAGCUACCAGACCAACGUGCCUGAAGUUUAUAUGACAUUUUUCGACAAUUUACAUGGAGAAAAGCCACUAGCUCACAUUUUCGCCGCUAGGUGGCACUGUUCGCAUCGUAUUAUCACUGUGAGUAAAAAUAAGAAAGAUAAUUCAAUUGUCUACAACUUUGUCGAAGACGGCUAGUCAAUCCGACUUUGUUAAAAGAAGUUAUUAAACUUUUAGCGAAGUGAUGUCUGAGUCAGUUUUCCAUGGGGCCUAGCAGUGCAUGGUUGUGCGUCAGUAUUCGAUUCGCACGAACUAAUCAUUUUUGUAAAUUAACCGUUACAUUUAGCUCAAUAGUAUGUUCAGAAGAAUUGUAGUAAAUAAUAAGAGUUAUGUUUUGGUUAAAAAAAAUUAAUUCCACAUUGUACCGCAUAGAGGGCGCCUACACUAACUUUUCAACGGAGAGAGAUAGAAAUUAGGUGUCUUCCAUAAAGUUGUAGAACAGGCAUUUUGAAAUAAUUCUCCCGAACAUCUCGAUAUUCUAUCUCUCUUCUAUGAAAAGUUAGUGUUGGCGCCCUCUGUGCGGUCACAGGUGGAACUAAAAUUUUCCCACCAAAACAUAACUCGUAUUAUGUGAUAUAAUUCUUUUGAACAUUUUAUUGAGCUAAACCUAACGGUUAUUUCACAAAAAAGUAUAGUUCAUGGGAAUCGAGUACUGAUACACAACCUUGCAUUGCUAGGCCCCAUGGAAAACUGACUCAGACAUCACUUCGUUAAAAUUUUAAUAACUUCUUUUAACAAAGCCGGAUUUACUAGCAGUCUUUGACAAAGUUGUAGACAAUUAAAUUAUCUUUCUUAUUUUCACUUACAGUGAUAAUACGAUGCAUACAGUGCCACCUAGAGGCAAAAAUGCGAAUUAGUGGAUUUUCUCCAUGUAAAUUGUCGAAAAAUCUCAUACAAACUUCAGGCACGUUGGUCCGGUAGCUAGACUUGUCCGAUUUCCUUUAAAUUAUUUUUCUGGGCAGUCUAUUGACCACAUUGUCAUUUGUUCAGUAUUAUGCGAAAUUCCAUGGUAUCGCCGGAAUCAGCAUCGGAAGCGUAAUGCGGAACAUUCAAGAUCGGUCCAAUUAUAUACAAAAUUGCUAUAUACAUUCUUAUUUUUUAUUUGGUUGUGUUUAUUAUUAGUCUUCUGUCAACAAACUUGUGAAUUAUGGUGACGGUUCUGCAUACAUCUAUGCAUGUCAAACAUGACCCCAUUCGGCACCGAUUCCCGCUGACCAACCUGGUCAAAAACAGCAAUAUUUACCAGAAACAGAAAAUUAAAGCUCCAGCACACAAUAUGAGUACAAGUUAAUAUAGAUUUGACUUAAAAUGUGUCUUAAAAUUCAGUUCGAAACCGGGGAAUGUCCAAAAAUUUACAGCUCAAUUGAACAUCGUUCUUCUCUAUGAAAGAGGAAAAGUCAAUAAAUUCAAACUUCGGGAUCAAAACUAAAAAAGUUAUCGCAUUCCGAAGGUUUAUUUUGGGUAAUAAAGACACCAACACCUAAACAAGGUUAAAAGGGUUUUUCGAUCCGCGCAUCAAAAAGUCUCUUCAUGUCAGGGCUCGAAGCGGCGUCCUGGCCGCCAGGGAACGUUCUCGACACAGGUAGAAACCUCUUCAUGACAUUAUGCACGUUCCCAGAAUGCUUCGCGUUACACUGUACAUGCAUACAGGUUUCGAUAACGUAUUUCACGGCUUCAUCUGUAGAGGCAUCCCAGACUAAUCUUGAGUUAUCAAGAAAACCCGAAAAAUUUUGGUGAAAAUUGUUUCGAUACGUAUUAACUCAAAUUCGUGUUAAUAAAUCACAAAACCUUUUUUUCUCGAUUUUGGCUGAAAUAUAACUUAUUUUUUUAUUGGGGGUCCGCAAAUCAGACUUCAGAUUCGUAGCGAUGUCCAGAACCCAUAAAACCAUGUUGUUGUUGUAAUUGUUAAAAAGUAUUGACAUUCUUCCGCAAAUAAUUCAUUCAGUGUUCUCGAAACUUUGUUUAUCUCCAAACACGAUUUUUCAAAACUGCGAACAAUUUUCCAAUUUUCAUUGGAGGAAUGACCUAUUAAAUCUACAAAUUCUGUGCAUUCAUUAUUUUUAAUGAAGCCUUAAAGUGGAAAAGGGCUAAAAAAUCGAUCUCAAAGUUUGAGAUCGCACCGUUACGUCAAAUUUGAAGUUUUUUAACCGUUCUUAGGUCAUUACUACAAGAAAUUUAGAUUGCUUUAGAGUCUUAUAUUUCAGAUCGAUCCUGAAGCAGCAGGCUGUAGGCAGUUUUGGAAUUUCACGCGUACCUACCCUUAGACAUAAUAUCACCACGGGCGCCAUUUUGAUUUUUUCCCCUUAAAAAAAAUUUGUAAAUGGCGACAAAAAUAUAUGCUUUCUGAAUCCAAAAACUGCAUAAAAAAUUCAAAGUUUGCUUACUUUUUGGUCAUUUGAAUGAGAACUCCCCCUUAAAUUGUUUCGCUCCUAGGAAGUUAUGCAAUAAAAAAUCUGGCCUGGAAACUUUAAAAUACUUGCGUUUGUGCGAAGGGAAAAGUCGAAAACUGCGCACCCUUAUUCAUCCUAAUGCGUUGGACAGAGAUAGCAGACACUGCUCUAACUAAUGUGUACAAAUGGGUGGGAUGAAUAGAGGUGCUAAGAUGAAUCGGGGAACUGUUUACCAAUUUUAUUAAGUUUACAAAAUUAACAAAACAGUCUUGCUAGUAGCUGUACGUGCUAUCGAGGGUGCAUAUUAACAAGUAUACGUACUAUUGAGCAUUACUUUCUGGGACAGUCGAUAUAAUCACUUGAAAAUAAAGCUUCCGUGGUGGAUUCCACUUAGCUUUGCUAAAAGGCUGACGCUUCAUAAAGUCCGUAGAAGAUUUUUAGCCCAUCGCAAUCGUAUUUUCAACAUGCACCAUCAUAAUGAAAAAUAUACUAUUUCAUUUAAUUUUGAUUUAGGUUUUUAAAAUAACCUAACACAUGGAUAUAUCGAGCGUAUUGUUUACAUAAUUGAUCGUUUUCCUAAAUCAAAUAACACUCGGAAAGAUGUGGAAAGAUUCGGCCCCACGAAAGUAAAUCUGCUACCGAACAGAAUCAAACAGUUUGUCCAGCAUUUAGGAGCAUCAAAAAUACUGCCAACAUAUCGAUUCUGUCAUUAAAUAAAUAGAAAACACAAAUAAACUAUUGACACAAUUCGCCCUUUGGUAUUUCACGAAAACAAUCCAAGCAAAUAUACUAAGUUUACUAUGAAGCUGAUCUGCGCUGAAUCUAUUAUCGACUUGAACGAAGCCAUCAUCACUGAGAAAAACAUUGAUACAUUUUUAGUUUCACAACUAUUUUGAUCGAAUAAUGCACGAAACACGCAUUUCUGAUUAUCUUCUUGGGGCAAAUUUGCCAAACAGUGAGCCUGGACUCCUUGAAUGCCGCUCACAGAUUUUGCCACUUGAAUAAUAAACGAAGCAGUUAAAUUUAAUAGCGUCUAUUCGUAACAACUUACAGAGAGAACGAAAGUAAAAAAAAUAUUUAAAACAAAAUAAGAAAUACAAACGAUAGCCAUUCGAUUGAACUUCGAAAAACUACCAAGUUUCUAAACAUCUGCAACAGUAAAACGCAUAAACCGACAAACAAUACAUUAUGAUAAUUACAAAUAUGUUUUAGCGAAACGAAAAAUCAUAGCAUGUAAUAGACAUAAACAAAUAAUAGUAACACAUUGCAUGAAAGAACAUGAAAGUAACCCAAGUGAUGAUCACAAAUUGUGAAUUGUUUAUUAAGUCUGACAAUUAAUGACUUCGGUUCAAUCACAAAAUAAAUAUCAACAGACCAUAAUGCAGUUUAUCACCUUUCGGCCUAUCUACAACAUCCCAUAACUUUCAUCCGUUUUCGCGUGAUAAGUGAUUUAUGAUUCAGUCAAAAGUGCACACCAUCUGCACCUUGUUUUCCCCUCAAGCCGUUACUUCAAAGGGCGUACGGAACGAUGGGUGUGCAAGACCACACCGAAUCCAAGCGAAAACCUGAAGGGCUGUGAUAUUUGAGAACGGAUUGAGGGCUAUCUGUGAUUAUUGGUUAAAUAUAGUUCUGCCCUUCCCCACCCUCCCGCUUCUUUGAAGACGAUGUCGAUUUAAAUAAAACCAAAAUGUGGAAAGUUUCAAAAACUUACAUUUGAAUCGACGAGGACGACGACGAAGGGAUGAAAGAAAAAAUAAAACUGUUUCCGAUUAUUCCAAACAGCUGAAUGGCGUAUGAAUGUUAGUUUUCAAAUUGAGCAUGCUUUCAUUUUCAUCGAGAACAAUUAUUAACAGUUUCGAUAUCUUACGACGAAUCCGACAUUGUAGAGGGCUUAGCCCGGGGGAACCAAGUAGUAGAAAAGAUUGAUGAGAUACGGUUGGGCGGAGUAAUAAAAAAGGAUGCUUUUUAUAGUAUUGGAAGCCACGAUAAACACGAAACAAGUUAUAAAUAUUGUAUUAGUAGAGAACCCGACUUUAGGAGUAAGAAACAAAAAUACAAAUAACAAUUUUCAAUAAACUACAAAUACCAGCUCACUAGAGGAUGGUUGAUCAGAGGAAGAGACUCGAAUUUCAAUCGUGCAAACACACACACAGAAACAAGUAAAACAUAAAAAUUUGUAGAUGUUGUCUCAGUUAAAAGUAUUGGAAGGUAAACCAGAUUCGAUUUCUUUUACGACAAGAACGAAAAUAAUUGGAUGGUGAAUUGAUGGAACUUAACGAGUUAGUAGAGCAAACAUCCACGAAAUGUGCGAAAUAUGAUAAAAAAAAACUCAUAUGUCGAAACAACCGUUUGACGAGAAUAACAGUGAAAAUAAAGAUUUAUGUUUACUUAUGUUUUAUCAUGAAUUGGAUACAAAACAAAAAUGACUUAUAAAGGAUUAAUACAAGUGAAAAUAAAGAAAAGUACCAUAUA